AUGAAGGUUGUUCCAGAGAAAAAUGCUGUCCGCAUACUCUGGGGACGAGAGCGGGGCACUCGGACCUUCGGAGCUCAGCGGCUUCUGCAGGAGCUUGUGGAAGAUAAAACCCGGUGGAUGAAAUGGGAGGGCAAGAGAGUAGAACUGCCUGAUAGUCCACGCUCUACCUUCUUACUGGCCUUCAGCCCAGACAGGACUCUCUUGGCCUCCACCCAUGUGAACCAUAAUAUCUAUAUUACGGAGGUGAAGACGGGCAAGUGUGUUCAUUCUCUGAUUGGACACCGUCGCACUCCAUGGUGUGUCACUUUCCAUCCCACCAUCUCAGGCCUUAUUGCUUCUGGCUGCCUGGAUGGGGAGGUUAGGAUUUGGGAUUUACACGGUGGCAGUGAAAGCUGGUUCACAGAUAGCAACAAUGCCAUUGCCUCUCUGGCUUUCCACCCUACGGCUCAGCUCCUUCUGAUUGCCACUGCGAAUGAGAUCCACUUCUGGGAUUGGAGCCGAAGGGAGCCCUUUGCUGUGGUGAAGACAGCUAGCGAGAUGGAACGAGUCCGUCUGGUGAGAUUUGAUCCUCUUGGACACUACUUACUUACAGCAAUUGUUAACCCCUCCAAUCAGCAGGGUGAUGAUGAACCAGAGAUCCCCAUAGAUGGAACAGAAUUAUCUCACUACCGACAGCGAGCCCUCCUGCAAUCACAGCCAGUUCGUCGGACGCCUCUCCUCCACAAUUUCCUGCACAUGCUGUCCUCUCGCUCCUCUGGCAUCCAGACCGAGCCCUUCCAUCCCCCGGAGCAGGCCUCAUCAACGCAGCAAGACCAGGGCCUCCUGAACCGGCCAUCUGCCUUCAGUACAGUCCAGAGCAGCACUGCCGGCAACACGCUCCGCAACCUCAGCCUGGGUCCCACCCGUCGCUCCUUGGGAGGCCCUUUGUCUAGCCACGCUUCUAGGUAUCACCGAGAAAUCGCUUCCGGACUGACAGGAUCUGAAUGGACCCGGACAGUGCUCAAUCUGAACUCCCGCUCUGAGGCGGAAUCCAUGCCCCCGCCCAGGACCAGUGCCUCUUCGGUGACUUUGCUGUCUGUGCUGAGGCAGCAGGAAGGUGGCUCUCAAGCAUCUGUGUACACUUCAGCCACAGAAGGGAGGGGUUUUCCAGCUUCAGGGUUGGCAACUGAGUCGGAUGGAGGGAAUGGCUCCAGCCAAAACAACUCAGGCAGCAUUCGCCAUGAUCUUCCAUGUGACCUGAGACGCUUCUUUUUGGAGUAUGACCGGCUUCAGGAGCUGGACCAGAGCCUGAAUGGGGAACCCCCCCAGACCCAACAGGCCCAGGAAAUGCUCAAUAAUAACAUUGAAUCUGAGAGGCCAGGCCCCUCCCACCAGCCCACCCCACACAGCAGUGAGAAUAACUCCAACCUGUCCCGUGGUCAUCUGAAUCACUGUCGUGCUUGCCACAAUCUGCUAACCUUUAACAACGAUACCCUGCGUUGGGAAAGAACCACACCUAACUACUCCUCGGGCGAGACCAGCUCCUCCUGGCAGGUCUCCAGUACUUUUGAGGGCAUGCCAUCGAGUGGCAGCCAAUUACCACCUCUUGAGCGGACUGAGGGCCAUACGCCCAGCUCCAGCAGGCUGGAGUUGAGCAGCUCUGCUAGUCCGCAGGAGGAGAGAACUGUGGGGGUGGCCUUCAAUCAGGAGACAGGCCACUGGGAAAGAAUUUACACUCAGUCCAGCAGAACUGGAACUGUAUCACAGGAGGCCUUACAUCAGGAUAUGCCUGAGGAAAGCUCUGAGGAAGAUUCACUCAGGAGGAGGCUGCUGGAGUCUUCCCUCAUUUCAUUAUCCCGUUAUGAUGGAGCAGGAUCCAGAGAGCACCCAAUUUACCCAGACCCAGCGAGAUUAUCUCCUGCUGCAUACUACGCUCAGAGGAUGAUCCAGUAUCUUUCACGGAGAGACAGUAUUCGCCAGCGCUCCAUGCGCUACCAACAGAACCGGCUUCGCUCUUCCACCUCCUCCUCCUCUUCAGACAACCAGGGUCCAUCAGUAGAGGGAACCGACUUGGAAUUUGAGGACUUUGAGGACAAUGGUGACAGAUCCAGGCACCGAGCUCCACGCAACGCCCGGAUGUCUGCACCUUCACUGGGACGCUUUGUACCAAGGCGUUUCUUGCUGCCUGAGUACUUGCCUUAUGCUGGAAUUUUUCAUGAACGUGGACAGCCUGGCUUGGCUACUCACUCUUCUGUUAACAGGGUCCUGGCAGGGGCAGUGAUUGGUGAUGGACAGUCUGCUGUGGCCAGUAAUAUUGCCAAUACUACCUACCGGCUCCAGUGGUGGGACUUCACUAAAUUUGACCUCCCAGAAAUCAGUAAUGCCUCCGUGAAUGUGCUGGUACAGAACUGCAAGAUCUACAAUGAUGCCAGCUGUGACAUUUCUGCAGAUGGUCAACUCCUGGCAGCUUUCAUCCCUAGCAGCCAAAGGGGCUUUCCCGAUGAAGGCAUCCUGGCAGUGUACUCCUUGGCCCCCCACAACUUGGGUGAAAUGCUCUACACCAAGCGAUUUGGUCCCAAUGCCAUUUCUGUGAGCCUGUCCCCAAUGGGCCGGUACGUAAUGGUGGGCUUGGCCUCACGAAGGAUCCUGCUGCACCCCUCCACAGAGCACAUGGUGGCCCAGGUCUUCAGGCUGCAACAGGCCCAUGGUGGAGAGACCUCCAUGCGGAGAGUUUUCAACGUCCUUUAUCCCAUGCCUGCUGACCAGCGGAGACAUGUCAGCAUCAACUCUGCCCGCUGGCUGCCUGAGCCUGGGCUCGGCCUGGCCUAUGGUACCAACAAGGGAGACCUGGUGAUCUGCCGACCAGAGGCCUCUAACUCUGGCAUUGAGUACUACUGGGACCAGCUGAACGAGACUGUCUUCACGGUCCACUCCAGCAGCCGGAGCAGUGAAAGGCCCGGAACCAGCAGAGCCACAUGGAGGACAGACAGAGACAUGGGUCUAAUGAACGCAAUUGGGUUGCAGCCCCGGAACCCCACCACCUCAGUGACGUCUCAGGGCACCCAGACUCUGGCCCUUCAGCUGCAAAAUGCAGAAACACAAACGGAGAGGGAGAUACAGGAGCCAGGGACAGCAGCCUCCGGUCCUGGAGAAGGUGAGGGCUCCGAGUACGCAGGUGGGGAAGACGCCCUCAGCAGGAUCCAGCGGCUGAUGGCCGAGGGGGGCAUGACCGCCGUGGUGCAGCGGGAGCAGAGCACCACCAUGGCCUCCAUGGGCGGCUUUGGCAACAACAUCAUCGUCAGCCACCGCAUUCACCGCAGCUCCCAGACAGGGACUGAGCCCGGGGCCGCCCGCACCUCCUCGCCCCAGCCCUCCACCUCUCGGGGACUGCUCCCGGAACCUGGGCAGCUGGCAGAGCGAGGCCUAAGCCCCCGGACAGCCUCCUGGGACCAGCCCAGUACCCCCGGGCAGGAGCCCCCCCAGCCAUCUCUGCCCUUUUCCUCCCCCGCCCCUACUCCCGUCCCCCUUCCCAGCACUGAGGGACCAACCCCGCACUGCGACCUGACCAGUAGCAGCCACCUUCCUGACGGUGGUGGUAGCAGCAGGGGGGAAGCCGCAGGCCCCAGUGGGGAGCCACGGAACAGGUAG